GUAACGUGACUCUGGAGGAACGGGAAGUUCGUGAUUCUCUCAGCUGUUACAACUUUAUUCUUUCAAGAAGACACGCCGUGCGCUCCGUUACAAAACAUUCAUAUCCAGACGAUAAAAGUGAAUCUCUGUCGGUGUCGGUGUUGGUGUUUUAUCACCCGGUCAUGGGCUCUCUGUUCCGCAGUGAAGAGGUCUGUCUGGUCCAGAUCUUCCUCCAGUCGGGAUCCGCUUACAACUGUGUCAGUGAACUGGGAGAGCUGGGAAUAGUGGAGUUCAGAGAUCUGAACCCGAAUGUGAACGCGUUCCAGAGGAAGUUUGUGAACGAGGUGAGGAGAUGUGAGGAACUGGAGAAAAACUUUGUGUUUUUGGAACAGGAGAUUGUCCGCAGUCUCUCUCAGAAACUGCAGCCCCCCAUCCCGACCCCUCCGGCCCCUCAGCCCAGAGAACUCCUCACCAUCGAGGAGGAGAGUGAGCGCUUGGCCCGAGAGCUCAGGGAGGUGUCCAGGAACAGAGACAGUCUGCGGUCUCAGUAUACUCAGCUGUGUCAGUACAGAGGGGUUUUAAAACAGACACAUUCACUCACAGCCUCACAGGCCCCGCUGGUGUCGUUUGAGCCCGUGGGUCUGGCAGAGAACCGGCAGGACGUCCGGCUGAGCUUUGUGGCCGGCGUGGUUCAUCCGUGGAAAGUGCCUGCCUUCGAGAGGCUGCUAUGGCGUGCUUGUCGUGGUUACAUCAUUGUGGACUUUCAUGAGAUGGAAGAAAAACUUGAACAUCCUGAUUCUGGUGAGGAGGUGCAGUGGACCGUGUUUUUAAUCUCGUUCUGGGGAGAUCAGAUCGGUCAGAAAGUGAAGAAGAUCUGUGACUGCUUCCACACACAAACAUUCCCCUACCCUGAGAGCCAGGCGGAACGAGAGGAGACUCUGAAUGGACUCCGAGGAAGAAUCGAGGACAUCAAAUCUGUCAUGGGUGAGACGGAGCAGUACAUGCAGCAGCUGCUGGUGCGAGCGCUGGCCCGUCUGCCUGAGUGGAUUGUGCAGGUUCAGAAGUGUAAGGCCGUGCAGACCGUGCUGAAUCUCUGCAGCCCAUCCGUCACUGAUAAGUGCCUGAUCGCAGAGGCCUGGUGCCCCGUGAGCCAGCUGCCUGCCCUGCAGAGCGCCCUGAGAGAGGGAGGGAGGAAGAGCGGCAGUAGUGUGGACUCCUUCUACAACCGCUUGCCGGCCACCACGUCUCCCCCGACACUCUUCCCCACCAACGCCUUCACUGCAGGAUUUCAGAACAUAGUCGAUGCCUAUGGAGUGGCGAGCUACAGGGAGAUGAACCCAGCUGUCUACACCAUCAUCACGUUUCCCUUCCUGUUUGCCGUCAUGUUUGGUGACGUUGGGCACGGUCUUCUGAUGACGCUGGUGGCUCUCUGGAUGGUUCUGGAGGAGAAGGAUCCAAAACUGAGGAAAAACACUAAUGAAAUCUGGCAGAUGAUGUUUGGAGGCCGAUAUCUCAUUUUGUUGAUGGGGCUGUUUUCUAUCUACACCGGAGCCAUUUACAACGAGUGUUUCAGCCGGGGCCUCAACACCUUCUCCUCAGGAUGGCACGUCCGGCCCAAUGCAGAAUACUACAACUGGACAGAGGAGACUUUCAAACGUUAUCCGUAUCUGUCGCUGGACCCCAAUAUCACAGGCGUUUUCACUGGUCCUUAUCCUUUCGGCAUUGAUCCGAUUUGGGGUCUGGCCAAUAAUCAUCUGACGUUCCUCAACAGCUAUAAGAUGAAGAUGUCUGUCAUUAUUGGAGUCAUCCAUAUGACCUUUGGUGUGUGUUUAUCCUUUUUCAACUACAUACACUUCAGAGAUAUCAGCAGUGUGUUUCUGGUGCUGAUCCCGGAGCUGUGUUUCAUGCUGUGUCUGUUUGGAUACCUGAUCUUCAUGGUCAUCUAUAAGUGGGUGGUGUACGGCCCCAUGACCUCCGACAUCGCUCCCAGCAUCCUCAUCCACUUCAUAGACAUGUUCCUGUUUACUGAGAAUAAGGACAACAAACCUCUCUAUACGGGACAGACGAUCGUGCAGAAGGUGCUGGUGAUUGUGGCUGUGCUGUCUGUUCCUGUGCUGCUGCUGGGGAAACCAACACAAGAAUACAUCACACACAAGAGGAAGACAACUCCGCUUUCUGGAGACAGACGUCCUUUGCUAGCAGAAAACGGCUCUAUAAAUGCUCACCAGGGAGAGGUGGAUGCAAGAGGAGGAGGAGAAGAAGAGGAGGAGUUUGAUGCAGCGAACGUGUUCAUGCAUCAGGCCAUUCACACCAUCGAGUAUUGUCUGGGCUGCAUCUCUAACACGGCCUCGUACCUGCGGCUCUGGGCCCUCAGCCUGGCUCACGCUCAGUUAUCUGAGGUGCUGUGGUUAAUGGUGAUGAGGAUCUCCUUCCAGCAGCUCAGUUAUGUGGGCUCCGUCAUCAUGGUGUUUAUAUUUGCUGCCUUCGCUGUGCUGACCGUAUCUAUCCUGCUCGUCAUGGAAGGCCUGUCCGCUUUCCUACACGCACUUCGACUUCACUGGGUGGAGUUUCAGAAUAAAUUCUACAGUGGAACAGGCUACAAACUCACUCCGUUUGCCUUCACAUCAGAAAUCGGAGCUCUCUCUCUGAAGUGACCCAUGAACCUCCUCUAGCAGUCAUGGGACAGAGAAGAAUAAUGGAAUUAUUUUGCUGGGGCACAAAGUGCAUUUUAAAAUGUAUCAUGGAUUUAUAUUUUAGCUUAAGUGCCGCUGGACCUGAAAAAUCAAACAUGAAAGAUGUUUUAGCGCCCUAUUAUGCAUCCACAUCCAUAUCUUUGACACUAUGCUACAUUAUCUUUGAAACUAUAUUUGAGUACAUGGCACACGUCUGAUGCUGAGUCUUUUAGUUGAAUGAACAUGAUUUUUAAUUGAAGUCUUGAGUCCACAUAAAAUAAAGUUCUUUUAACGAAUGCUCCAUAAUCAGGUGUAUCAUGAUGACAGCCAUCUAAUUAUGGUUUAAUGCUGCACGUACAAACCGUUUGUACAAUUAUGAAAUAAUUUGGCAAUUAAUCACAAGAAUAUGUAGAGUUUAAAUGAAAUAAAGUACAUUUAGAAUAUUUUCUCACAAUGACCUAACAUAAAAUUAAAAUCAGUUUUAAAAUGAGUUUGCUCAUUUUCAGGUUGUUAAUCAAUAACUUGAAACGUUUUGAUUUACAGCAUUUUUCAAAGGGAAUAAUCUUCCGUCCAUGUCUUCUUUUAUUGUUGCUAUUCUAUUAUCACAAUGAAGCGUUGUUUUAAUUAUGGAGCUGAUGUCAAGCCCCACAGUUGUACUUGAUGAUCAGUAAAGACCAAA